AUGUUCAACAGUCAAUAAAAGCUGAGUCAAGAUCAAAGUGUAAAUGAUGACUAGGAUACACAGGUCAAAGAACCAACUCUUAUUGAUUUCCAAACAGAUUAAUUUCAUGUUACAUCUUAAAAGAGUCUUAGAAGAGAAAAGUACGAGAUUUAUUCUAACUUCUAGUCAAAGGAUAACAGCUAUCAUAAUAUUUAUUUUGGUCAACAAUCAUAGGCUUAAUCUACCAAAGAUAAAAAGAAAAUGGUCGGAUCCAACAAGGUGAGAACCUAAAAAUAUACAGCUUGGUCAUGGGCACCUAAAUCCCUCUAUAAUUAGUUCAAGCGUGUUUCAAACGUUUACUUCUUGAUGAUAUCAAUAUUCACAUUUCUACCAUUCUCCCCAAAAGAUCCUACUUCAAUGAUUGGAACAUUCGUGUUUGUGCUAUUAUUCACUAUGCUAAAAGAGGCUUAUGAGGACUAUAAAAGGUAUCAGUAAGAUAAAGAAAUAAACAACAAAACAGCUUUAGUUUUAAACACAACUACAUUCAGAUUUGAGGAUCAGAAAUGGGAAAAUAUAGAGCCAGGAAACAUAAUUAAAAUUAAAAAAGAAGAGUCUAUUCCUGCAGACAUUCUCAUGCUUUACAGUUCUCAUCCAUCUGGGAUUGUAUACGUAGAUACAAUCAAUUUGGAUGGGGAGACCAAUCUUAAGGAUAAAACAGCUAUGCUAGAAAAUUUCGACGAUAAGAAACUAGUACUCCUUAAUGGGAUGAUAAAAUGUGAAUUGCCAAAUGAAAAUCUUGAGAAAUGGGAUGGACUAGUCAUGUUUACUAAUUAAGGAUUAAAGCCAAUCCAGUCUGAUAUCAGGAAUUUAGCAUUGAGAGGAAGCUAGUUAAGAAACACUCAUUUUGCAAUAGGUGUUGUGGUAUAUACCGGAAUGAAUACCAAAAUCAUGAAAAAUCAUAAGAAAUCAAAGCAAAAGAUUUCUAACAUUAUGAAAAUGAUGAACAACAUGCUCUAUACUGUAUUCAUUUUCUAACUUUUGAUAGUAAUAAUAAUGGCAAGCUUGAAUGUAGACUGGGUCUAGAAGAACACUAAGCAUCUGGGAUAUCUCAACAUUCUGCUCAAAUUGGGAAUCGCUUAAUUUAUAAAUAAAGACAUAGAGAUGUAUGAUAGUGAACAAAAAAGAUUUGCACAAUGUCGAAACUCUGAUUUGGUUGAGGAGCUUGGUUAAAUUGAACUGAUUUUUAGUGAUAAAACAGGAACUCUUACCUAAAAUAAAAUGAUAUUUAGAAAGUGCUAGAUAAAUGGCAUAAGAUAUGGAGAGCCAACUAAAGCUGAAGAUGAAACGGAGGAUGGAAUGUGCAUUUCAGGCAUAAAGAGGACAGUAAAGGCAGUUAGACAAGAGCUCAGCUUUGGAAAUCUUGAUUCAGAUGAUGAAUACUAUUACCCUUAUGCAACAUAAUUCUUUCUAAAUCUAGUUCUCUGUAAUACAGUCUCAAUCGAAAGGGUAAAAGAAACUAAGGAGCUAAGUUAUAAGGCAACAAGUCCCGAUGAGAUGGCACUAGUUAAAGGAGCGAAAAUGUCUGGCUUCUAGCUUUUAUCUAGAGAAAGAAAGGAGGCUUCAAUCUAUAAUAUGAUUAAAAAGAAAAAAGAGAAUUAUAAGAUUAAAGCUGUCUUCCCAUUCGACUCGGAUAGAAAACGAAUGUCAGUACUUAUUAAGGAUCCGAAUGACGAAUAUAUCCUAUAUACCAAAGGUGCAGAUACAGUUAUGAUGGAAAGGAUAAACUUUGAGAAAAGUGGUGUUGAAGGUAUCAAGGAAUUGAUUGACGAGGAUCUAAGAUUUUAUAGUUCCCAAGGAUUAAGAACUUUGGUUGUGGCAAACCGAAUUAUUCAAGAAGAGGAGUACCUGCAAUUUAAGAAAAUAAAAACAAAUCUGAUAAAAGCGAAGGCGAGUGUCAGAGAUGAAAAGUUGAAUGUGCUUUAUGGGCUUAUGGAGUAAAGAAUGAGAUAUCUAGGUAGUGUGGCAAUUGAAGAUAAAUUAUAAGAAGGAGUUCCAGUGACAAUAUCUUAACUACUAAGGGCUAAUAUAAGAUUUUUCAUGCUUACUGGAGAUAAAUUAGAAACAGCUAUAGAAAUUGGAAAAUCCUGCAAAAUUAUUCAGGAAAACAUGACUCAAUUUAUACUAAACGAGCCUUAAUUAGCUACAGUUCAAAAGAAAUUACAAAAAAUGGCAGAGCUUAUGGAAAUUAAUACGGAAGAAUAAAUAUCUACACUCAUUGGUAUAUCCUAGCAUAAGCAAUCCAUCAUUGUUGAGGGGCCUACUCUUGCAACCAUAAUUGGAGACGAAAAGCUAAGCGAUCUAUUUUUCCACAUUUGUAUUAGAUCUAAGUCAGUUAUUUGCUGUAGAAUGUCUCCAAAGUAAAAGGCAGAUGUUGUCUAAAUAUUUAAGUCUCGAGGUAAAUGGAUCACUCUAGCCAUUGGUGAUGGUGCUAAUGAUGUUUCAAUGCUAAAUGAAGCCCAUAUAGGUGUUGGAAUUACAGGAGAGGAGGGAACAUAGGCUGCGAGAGCUGGAGAUUUUUCUGUAUCUUAGUUCAAAAGCCUAAUGAAGCUUGUCUUGUUUCACGGCAGACUCAGUUACCUUAGAGUUUCAACUAUGAUCUGCUACUACUUUUACAAAAAUAUCAUUUUGGUUUUCACAGAGCUAUACUUUCCUUUCUAUAAUGGAUUUUCAGGUCAGAUAUACUUCUUAGAUUGGCUACCAAUGAUGUAUAAUGCGAUAUUCACUAGUUGGUACUGUCUUUUUUCUUAGUUGCUUGAAAGAGAUGUGAACGAUCAGUUUACAUAUAAAUAUCCAAUUGUAUAUAAAGCUGGAUAGCUUGGAAAAUACUUUAACUACCAAGUAUUUUGGAAAUGGAUCAUAUUUGCCCUUAUUCAUGGAAUCUUAUGUUUCUAUAUACCAACCUAUAUUUCCUACAUAACUUAAAUUGAAGGCUUAGGAGUGCUCAUAUCUUUGUUUAAAAAUCCAAAUUUCUGGAUUAUGGUGGGUUUAAUGCCUUUCGCUUGCUUGAUUCCAGAUAUCACCUUGCAUUUCAUUUAGCAGGUUUAUUUCCCAACACCAGUAGAUUCUAUCCUUUCAAAAUAAAAGUUCGAUCCACAUUUUGAUUUCAGGCUUCAUUGGAAUCUACAUCAAAGUCAUAUGGACAUGAAGUUGAGACAAAGUUCAAUUAAGUUUGAAAAAAGAAGAAAUGAUGUGGAAUCUAGAAGGCAAACAUUUUUCCUUAACAAGUCACUUAAGAUAGAUAAUCAGGAUGUUGAUACCAAAGAUAUGAACAUCAUAGAGAUUAUAAAUUUGAAGUAUUAAAUUGAGCAGCAGCAAAAAAACAACAUUUCAAGUGAUAAGAUUAAAGAGAUACUUGAUACAUCAUCAGAAGGAUCUCAUACAAGUGAUAGGAAUUCCAGCAGAGACAAAAAAAGAGAGAAGUAAACAAAGCAUAGCAAUACAGGAAAAUCUAGUAAAUCCACAAAGUAAGGUAAAUAGAGCUCAUUGCGAUCUUUGCAAAGACAAAAACCAACAGAUUCUUAAAAUUCAAGUAUAACUGGUAAUUCAAGAAGCAAAGACGAAGGUAAAUUAAAAUCAUCAGAUAGUGAAGAGGAAAAAUCAGAGAGAUCAAUGAAAUUUUAGGAAGACGAGUCAAAUGAAAGUAAUAGUAAAAGUAGGAAUGAGAAUGAUGACAGUUAAAGCAGUAGAUCCUCAUCUUCAUCAUCUAAAUCUUCUCAAUAGUCUCAAUCAGAUCAUCAGUAAAAAAGGAAAGAGAUUAAGAUCAAGUAAAAGGUAAAUAGUAAAGAAUAAAAAAGAAGAGUAAGGGAAUCUAGAAGUGAAGAGGAUGACGGAAGUUAAACAAGCAGCAGUGAAGAUAAUGCAAAACACAAUCAUCAUAGUGAAUCAGAUGAUGACUCAGAAAGUGAUAGAUCAAAUAGCGAAUCAAGCCAUGACAAUGAUUCAAAUAGUAGUCGAAGUUCUAGAUCGUCGAAAUCAUCUCAAAGUUCAUAGGAGGAAUAGAAGCGUAAAGUUAAAAAAGGAAAAUAGACUAAAAAGAACUAGUAAAGUUUUUCAGAGAGCAGUAGGUCUCUUAAUAUGAGCCUAAGAAGUAAUUAAGGACUAAUGGUGAGAGGGGGUAGAGAUGAGAUUAAAAGAAAAAGCAAGAAUAGAAAGACUCAUUAAUAAGAGUCUAGCACAGCAACUUAUGAGAAUAAAAAUAAUAAUAAAAAUCAUGAUCGUGAGCGUAAAUAUUUGGUUUCUGAUUUCAAGAGUCAACAGCCACCUUUAAACCAACAUCUUAAAGUAUAGGUAUACAAUGGAGAUACUUUCAAAGGAGAUAAUAACACUUCUUCAUUUAAAAAGAAUAAGUCUUUGGAAUUGAGAAGUAAGAAGUUUAGCGGAGAAAAAAAUAUCAAAGAAAACAAAUCUGCAGACAACUAAGGACCUGAAGCUAACCUUAAGAUGUCUGAGAUUAACUCCAGAAGUAAUAUCGUUUAAAGCAUAUAAGAUGAUGAAGAGAUUAAGACCAAACCUGUUGUUUAAGUAAAGCCAAAAGUCCCCAAGAUUAACUUUGCCAUGAGCAUUUUAAAUAUCUUCAAGAGCAACAAGGCAAAGAUUUUGGAUGCUACUUAGAGCACUUUCGAUUAAAGUAAAUAUAGAAAUGAAAAAUCAAGAGCACCAGCAACUUAUGUGGUUGAUCAGUUGAUGCAUUCAAUGAGAACCUAGGAUAAAUCCUCAGCCCAUAUAGGAUUAGGGCGUGCCUAGCCAGCAGUUAUAGAAACACUAGGCCAUCCCUUGGAAUCCCAUAGAUCUCACAAGAAAGCCUAUGAUUUCUUAGACGAAGAAAAUACCCCUAAUCAGAAUCAAUCAAACUAAUGGAAUCAAAUCUUUUAAGCACCUUAGAUAACAGGCUCUAAAACCCCAAGAAGAAUUAAGAAGUACGUUGAGAAAUAUAAAAAAGAUUUUUGUUGA